AUGACAAGUCGCCCUGGGUCAAUGAGAAAUCUCGGAAUUGUGCACAUUGUAUUUGGCAUUCUUCUGACAAUUUUUGGAAUUGCAGAGUUUCAGGUUACCUCCAAAACGAAUGUUUUUUUGAGAUACUUUCUUUCGAAAGGCGAAACUUACUACUUUGGGGUAUGGAUCGGAAUUUGGAUGCUAGUCACUGGAAUUGUGGGUGUUUUUGCAAGUCGGAAGGACCACAAAAUCUGUAUUGGUACUUUUAUCUUCCUGUCCAUCGUCUCCUCUCUGUUUGGUGUGAUGAUAAUAGUCGCCUACGGGACAUACCUAUCACUGAUCUGGAUCGUCGCCAUUUUGUUCCCUUUACCAGUUGCCAUCGCCGGAGCCAUAGCAGUUCUUGGUCUUAUUGAGUUUAUCGUUGGAUUAUGGGCAGCAAUUCACAGUUGCCUCACUUUUGUGGAUGGGACACCAUUCGUGGGGGAAGCGGUGCGGGGUCAACAGCUGCAGUUUAACGACAACCCUGCGGUCGACAAAGCUAAGGGGAGCGAAGGAGUUUUCGUAUCUAUUCCAUUUAAAGAGGAACUCGAAAGAACCACUGAUGUUGGAACAUUUUCACCAGGGGUUCAGGAGCAGCGGCCUCAAACGUUCCCUCUACGUAUCAUUGGAAAUACCCAGGUCCACCCUGAAACGGUUGACCCAAUCCAUGGCUAA